AUGGAUGACCAAAAGAAGUGGCAUGGCUGUGUUAAAAAAUCAACAAAAUCUUCUGCUCAUAGCAUUUGGAAACUGAGUGCAGACUUUAUAAAUGUGCAGAAAUAUGCAGCUCAUCUUAUUGCAUGUGAACAUGUUGAGGGAGAAAUAAAUGCAGUUAGGUGUGUUAGACUGUGCAGGGGUCCAGAAUUAUGGGCAAAAGAGAAAUUGGUAGCAAUAGAUCCUCUCAAUUAUUCAUACACUUAUCAAGUAAUUGACUGUAACUUUGGGAUUGAGGGGUACACAGCAACUUUUAAUGUGCACAAUCCUGGUGAUGGUGAUGGAGAAGGAAAUAUAGAAUGGAGGUUUGAAGUGGAUGCCAACAAAUCUUGUGCAGAGGAGGAACUUGUUAUGCUCAUCUCCUCCAAACUGGAGCAAAUGAUUCAUGGCCUUGAUGAAAUAGCUACAAUUCAUGAGCCCUGA